AUGGCCAGGGCUCCGCACGGCAGCGCGGCGAAGAAGCUAUGCGAGAAGUGUGGCAACGGGAUAUCGCGCACGAACUUUUCCAAGCACGCAAAGAAAUGUAAGGGAAUUAAAGUGCGCGACACCCGGCGCGAGAUUCGCAAGCGCUCAUGGGUCAAGCACCGCGCCAAGCGCGUAGGAGACCAGCGCAGCCGGCGCGCGUCCGAGUCAUUUCAACGACUUGAGGGUACCGUAAGUUUCUUUAAUUUAAUUUCAUUUAGAUGGAGGGCGUCGACUUGCUGUCAAAAGCAUGGUUUAACACCUGACAAGCGCCAUUGGAUGCCUCCGGAGUUCCAAGUACAGCCUGGCCGGAGCGCGCUUGAAGAAACAUGCAAGUGGAUGAAGCUUUGCGAGAAGGUACGCAAUAAAAACAUUGCACUUGAAGCGCCAAUCCAGGAGGAGAUCGACAGAUUUGGAGAAGGUAAAGCUUGUGCGACCCUAGCUGAGUUUGAGGCAGUUUACAAGGCUGAAUUCAUCGAGAAGGAUAACGCAUACGAGGCCAAGAUGAAGGCAAAGGCAGACCAGCUGGUGAACGAGAGACGGUUUAGGAAGACAUUUGGAUUUGAUUCGGAUAGCGAAGAUGCCUAA